CUGGCCGUCUCCGCCGUGCAAUUUAAUAACACAAUCGUAAAUGAAGUAACCCGCCCUAAGGCGCUAUAGACUAUCGGUGGACAGUCCCAAUAAUGGAUACAAAACGAUGUUGAUCGAGUGCCUCUGUGAAUCAGUGAUUUAAUGUGUGAAAUUGGGUGAUUGUGACGAGUUCAUUUAGGCAAAAUGACGGAAUUCUUUGGCUCUUGGAGCAAUAAAGAUGACGAAGGCGAAGAAGUUGAGGAAACAGUGGAGACUGUGGAAACAGUCACCACAACUAGGACCACAAGGAAGCAAUCGCACGUGCCGUCUAAGUCGUCAAGUACGAAGACGACAACAAUGACGACACCGGCCAAACUAUACGGAAGAGAAUUGUCGACAUACGAUGAAAUCGAUGUUGAUGAGUUACUGGCCAAACUGUCGCAGGAAGAGCUGACUAUGCUCGCCAAGGAAGUGGAUCCAGACGACACCUUUUUACCGCCCUCACAAAGGACAAAUUAUGCUUGUGAAAAAGAUCCCACUGGCCCAUUGAACCGUAAGAAGUUAAUUGAACACAUAAACAAACAAGCCCUUGAGACACCUGACCGUCCAGAGGUGAAGCCCUAUGUCGCUGGUGUCAUUAGAGGGAAGAAGUGGAUCCCACCACCACCACCAGAGAAGAUUCGCGAUGCCGAUGAACAAAUAACAAUUGAUCUCGGUGAUGAAUAUGAACAAGCCCUUAGUAGCGCCUCGCAAGAGGAAAUUAUCGACCUUGCCGCUAUUCUUGGUUUCCAUUCUAUGAUGAAUCAGGACCAGUAUCACGCCUCAUUACUGAACAAGGGACAACCUGUUGGUCUUGGGUGGGAUGGUAUCACUAAAGCUACUAAACCUAAGGUAUAUCCAAUGGACCCGCCAAAUGACGCUGAUCCUGACGACACCAUCAAAAGGGUUCAAGAGAAUGACCAGAAAUUCACAGAUCUCAAUUGGAAUAAUAUUAAGAACAUAAGCGACGAGAAAUUCGAGAAGCUCUUCGAAGGGCUCAAGACGAACACUCACCUCGAAGUCCUGUCUCUGGUGAAUGUCGGUCUCAACGAUCGCACCGCUCAGUUGCUGGCCGAUGCUCUCGAGAUGAACUCCACCCUCCGAGUGGUGAACGUGGAGACGAACUUCAUCAGCCCCGCUGGUGUGGUGCAGCUGGUGAAAGCUCUGCUCACUACUACUACGGUGGAGGAGUUUAGGGCUUCUAACCAGCGGUCGCAAGUGCUCGGCAACAAGAUCGAAAUGGAGAUCACAAAGCUGGUGGAGGCCAACCCGACGCUGCUGCGGCUCGGGCUGCACCUGGAGUACAGCGACGCGCGCCACCGCGUCGCCAGCCACCUGCAGAGGAACAUCGACAGAAAUUGCCGAGUGCAAAAGCGCACUAGCGUGUCGCUGCGGCUGCGCCUGCCGCGCGGCAGGCCGGCCGCCGUCGGCAUCGACCCUAGCCUCUUGAAGCUCACGCCGCCCAGCGCGGAGACGCCCACGCCCACCGAGACGGUAAUACCGAGACGGGCGCUCGACGAGAGCGUCGAGGGCACGGUGCUGGUGCCGGCCGGCGACGCCCACACCGGCGACGCCCACAACGGCGACGCCCACGAGCGCACCCAGUUGCCCGACUUUAACCCCAGUCCGUACUCUACGGAAAGACCUAACGCUCCGACUCCAGUUCAGGUUCUUUAACAACCUGCAAAAGGGGGCGCGUAGCCAAUAGAACUCUGUUAAGGUGGGAGGGUUCUGCGCUUGACUCGAUUCACUCGCAGCCGCAGCUACGUAGUGGGUUGGAUCCCGUGAAUCCAUAGAUUUUCAUACCGGUUUCCCUCAGACGUGUCGACAGGAGAUUUCAUAAAUGUGAUCCCAUUUCUGAAGCAAUUGGAUUGGUUAGGUAAUGAAAUAAUAAAAUCUGAUUGGUCGUUGAAAAUCAAUUUAUUUCGUGUCGAUAUCUCUGAGGUAACUUAUACUGAGCUGCUCUCGCCCCGCGCUCGCUGCCUAUACCUGUCCUCACUCUUUGUAACUGUGUAGUACGAUUGACAUUUAUAUUGAUUAAGAAAACUUUAAAUUACACACAAAGCUUUGACGACGCUCGAGUUGGACUUUGUAAGCUUGUUUCACACGACGGUGUAAUAAUUUUUAUUCAAAGACUAAAGUUUUUAGCAUCGUUUUCUUGGAAUUUAGCUUGACGCUUCGCAUAAUUAGUACAUAGUUUACAGAGGUGCUUUCUACGUGUGACAUUAGCGCCUUAAAAUACUCGUAUUAAAUUUUUUCGUAUUAUUCGUUGAGGAAUGUUUUGACUACACAAUCACAGAGACAAAAGAGACAGAAUGAUGUUUGUAUGAGGGUAUCUGUGCUCAACAGGAAUUGUGAAUUUAUUACCAUAAAUAAUAAUCCUUUAUAGCUAGACGAUGGCCGGCCCAUCACUAGAUUGUCUAUGGUGAGCGAGAACGAAAUAAAAUCACAAUUCUUGUUCAUGACCGAAUGAAUGUAUGUUUAUUAAUUCUUAAUCUAGUGUGCUAAUGAAUCGUAUUAAUUUUAUCAUUUUAAUGAAUUGUAAUAUAUGUUAAUUGUGUACAUUCCGUUAACGCAUAACAUGCUUCUCUUUUAAUAUUAAAAGUUGUUCAAAUGUUUUUUUUUUUUUUCAAAUUGAUUUAAGAUUUCUUGGGAUAUAAAUAUUAAACAAUUUAUAUUCACUUAAUUAUUUGUAACAAAAUGAAGGAAGUCUUAAAGACCUAAUCGGGGUGAAAUGAUAAAAUUGACUAACCUUAUAUUGUUAUGUGAAAAGUGGCGAUAUAAUUUUAUUGAAUUUUCAACGAGAAGUCAUGUUCCGCGUGAACGGAGGAUAAGUUUCAAUUAUACUAUAAAUCACUAGGUUUUAUAAUCGCAGAUUUUUAAUACCGCAUCGAAAACAUCUUUUUUGUACAGAGGAAUCUAUUGAUGUAAAAAAUGAAAAGGCUUUAGGUGUUAUCGGCUUUCUAUAUAACCUGUAGCUCUUUGAAAUUUGCUAAUCUUCUAUUCUUUGUAUAUUAAUAGUUAAAACGUUGUGAUAAACAUUAUGUUUUUUCCAUUAAAAAUGCUUUGUUUUUCAGUUUCAUUGUAAGAUUAUUAUUUGUAUAUGAAUUUAGAUUUUUUAAAUAUUCUUUUAUUGUACCGAUGUUGAGAUGAAAUUUUAUAAUUUAAUGUAUUGAUAGAUUUUAUUUAUGUUUAUUUGACUCGGGAGCAUUUUGGUUCAAAUAAAACCUCGAUAAGUAGAGUCGCAGUUCUGUAGUUUGUGACAAAAAGUAAUAAAGUACAUAAACAAUA